AAACUGUUCUCUUUCCUCUUUUAAAAUUCUCCUCUCCUCCAUUUUUUUUCUUUCUUGCCUUGUGCUCCCCCAUUACAUCUACAAACCUUAGAUUUGGCUUCUCUCACAUCUUCUUCUUCAUAAGUCCUCGGUCUUUCAUUUUCUCCCGCUUGCAUAGUUUAUUUCCCCUUCACAUCUCACAGACAUCCACCUCAAAGAAUUCUUCCAGCCAACAACAGUUCGAUACUGUGCACUAGUGCAGUCUUUUCAUAGAGAAUGUUCAGGUGCUCUUCCCAUUAUUGCGCUGACUUCUUGAUUGAAUAGUUUACGCCAUGAGUUGACAGGAAACUGUUCAAAGUGUAUCUGAUUCAAGAUUCAGGAUCUUUGCUUGGCUUCUCAAACCAAAGAAUCGAAGAGUACUGAGGAACCCCCUAAAAAUUCUACUCUUUUCUCUUCUUCCUUUCUAUUGCAUCUUCAAGAAUUAAACCAGGAUGUUAGAAUGCUGUAAAGAGAUAAGGUGACAAUUAAGCAAGCCAUAAAGGAACAGGUCUAGCUAGAAGUUCAAAAUAAAAAUUAAAACAAAAAAGGAAUAAAGAAAGAAGAGUGUUCAAAGAUAGAGAAGGAGAAUGAAUUUUUCUAGCCAUGAUGGGGAUAUCCCAAUCCCAAUAACCAGCACUUUUCAUCUUGGUGGUGGAGCUCAUUGCCAGAGCCAAAGCAACUGCAUUGGCCCACCCCCUCCUCCUCCUGAAACUCUUACUCCCCUCCCUUUACCGACUCCAGAUAACAGCAAGAAAGGAAUUGCAGUAAAGUACAGAGAAUGUCUCAAGAACCACGCAGCUUCCAUUGGUGGGAAUGCUACUGAUGGCUGUGGAGAGUUCAUGCCCAGUGGAAAAGAAGGUACCUUGGAGGCCCUCAAGUGCUCAGCUUGCCAUUGUCACAGGAACUUCCAUAGGAAAGAGACUGAAGGAAUAUCGUCAUCCUCUUGUGACUGCUUCCAUUUCAAAGGAGGGAGGAAGAUGGAGGGGUACAUUUCAAGGCCAUCUCCUCACCAAAUGAUAAUGCCACUUGGAGCUUUGCAGACCUCAGAAUCUGAUGAUAUGGAAGGUUUCAUGACAAGGACUCCCAUAGUGAAGAAGAGGUUUAGGACCAAGUUCAGUGCAGAUCAGAAGGAGAAGAUGCUGGGAUUUGCUGAGAAGGUGGGGUGGAGGUUGCAGAAGCAAGAGGAGAGUUUGGUUCAGCAGUUUUGCCAGGAAAUUGGGAUUAAGAGAAGGGUUCUCAAGGUGUGGAUGCAUAACAAUAAGCAUAACUUGGCUAAGAAGAGCAGAAAUCUUCAGCUGGAUUGGAGUACUAGUACGACAACUGUUACUGAUCUUUGAUUUUUGUCUGAAAUUUUACUGUUAUUAGGUUGAGUUUGAUAUAUUAAAACGUUUAUCUUUUGUUUCAGCUCCUUGAAUCUUCUUUUUUUUUUUGUUUCUUCUCUCCUAUUGUUAGAGCUUUCUUUGUCUCUCUCCAGUGUCAUUGUAGCAGGGAAAUGCAGAUUAAGUGGCUUAUGCUUAAAUACUCUUUGAGAGGCAGACAGUACCUUGAACUGAUUUCCUUUACUACUUUCUUUUA